UGUUUUUCUGCUCUCAUUUAUAGACACCAGGUGCUUCGCAUCGUCCCAAAGAAUGAGCUCCAGCUGGCUCUUCUUAAGAAYCUGGAGGAGUUAGUGGAGUUUGAGCUGGACGUCUGGAUGGGGGUGAGUGGUGUGUCCUACCCUGUAGAUGUUAGAGUUCCUCCUCACACCCUGGAGUCUUUYAAGAGGUACCUGGACAGCCAUGACCUUGAGUACUCUACCAUGAUUGAAGAUGUCCAGGCCGUCUUGGACAUGGAGAGGGAACAGAUGGAGUCUGCUGCUCGCUUCGUUCAACCAAGGAACACUGACAGCUUUGACUAUGCCAACUAUCACACUCUUAGUGAGAUCUACAGUUUCCAGGACAUGCUGGUUGCUGAGAAUCCCAACUUGGUCAGCAAGUUAGUGAUCGGUCAGAGCUAYGAGGGCCGUCCUCUUAAUGUGCUCAAGUUCAGCACUGGAAGYAAUCGUCCUGCCAUCUGGAUCGACACUGGAAUCCACUCCAGGGAGUGGGUCACUCAAGCCAGUGGGCUGUGGUUYGCCAAGAAGAUUGUGACAGAUUAUGGAAAAGACUCCGCCCUCACUGCCAUCCUGAACAACAUGGAUAUCUUCCUGGAAAUUGCAACCAACCCUGAUGGCUACUACUUUACCCACACCUCUGACCGUAUGUGGCGAAAGACAAGGAAGCCCAAUCCUGGAAGUUCUUGCUAUGGAGUUGAUCCCAACAGGAACUGGGAUACUGGAUUUGGACUACCUGGAGCCAGCAGCAACCCCUGCUCAGAGACGUACCAUGGCCCCAGCGCUCACUCUGAGUCUGAGGUYAAGUCCAUCGUGGACUUUGUGAGGUCACAUGGCAACAUCAAGGCCUUCAUCUCCAUCCAUUCGUACUCUCAGAUGCUCUUGUACCCCUACGGCUACACCACAACUCCAGCGAAGGACCAGGCUGAACUGCACUCUCUGGCAGAGAAAGCAAUCACCAACCUGGCCUCCCUGUACGGCACUCGCUACAGAUAUGGCAGCAUCAUCAACGUCAUCUACCAAGCCAGUGGGUCUACUGUAGAUUGGACGUAUGAACAGGGCAUCAAGUACUCCUACACCUUUGAGCUGAGGGACACCGGUUUCUACGGCUUCCUGCUGCCUGCCAAGCAGAUCAUCCCCACGGCUGAGGAGACCUGGCUGGCUCUGAUGGCCCUCAUGGAUCACACCUACAAGAAUCCAUAUUAAUGUGCCAGUUUGUUCAGGACAGGACGGAAUUCCAGCUGCUGUCUCUUUUUCAGUGUAAUCUUUGAGGUGAAAACAAAAUCUUAACUAUAUUAAAAUAGAGAGAUAAAAAUAAAAGAUCACAACAAAAACAAA